AUGCUGUGCCAAGUUCGAGGCAGCGAAAGCGAUCUCCUGCGGCUUGCUGCCGAGAACCCCGAGGGAUUCGGACCCUGCAUACGGCCCAGCGGUUGCUAUUUUCGGGAAGAACUGGACGCGCUUCUGGCGCGCCCGCCUGUUGAUGGACAGGUGCGGCAGCGAAGUUUUUCGGGAAGUUUGCUACCGAAACUGGGCGCGGCAGCGCAGGGUCUCAGUGCGUGCUGCACAGGGCUGGAAUCAAGGCGUUGCGUUGCGCAGCUUGGGCACGUCAGUAAGCCACCAGCUGCGCUUUGCGAGCGUCUGGUUUUGUUUAUCAUUGACUAUGACGACACCUUGUAUCCAACGAGUCAACUGGGGUCUGCUGUGCUUCAGCUACAGAGGUUGGAGGAGCUGGCCCAGGCGCAGGCUACCCGCGAAGCUUCACAGCGUGCGGUGGAGGUUCCGCGCUCCCCGAGGUGCUCCUCACUGCCGCCGAGUCCUGACACGCGUUCCUCAGUGAUGCUUGUUUUGGAUGACUCUAUACCCUAUCCGAGUUCCAUGCAGCUGGACCAGCACCCAUCGGAGGCGGCUGACGAGAUGCAUGCGGAUGCUCCGUCGGCCGUGCCGAGCAUUCGCCCUGGCAGGAGCCCGGGGACCCCGUACGCCACCAGCGAGAUCACGUCGAUAUUCACGCAGUUGGCGUAUGCUCCCGCUGAGCUGUACGCCUUAUGCGUUGAGCUCGACGAAACGGUUUCAGCCUUUCUAACUCUCUGUCUUGACUCGGGUCGGAACCAUCACGUCUCUAUUGUAACGAAUGCUGACUUGCGUUGGGUGUUUUCCUCGAGUAGGGGCGCGCUACCCCGUACCCAUCGUCUGCUAUUUGACAAAACCGUUUUCGACGCGGAGGCUGGUGCCAUUCACACCAGCACUAGCACGAGCCGUACAUGUGCUUGCAUUUCGGCUCGCGGGCGGUAUGGUGACCUGCGUGAUGACGGUACCGAGGCCGUCGGCAGAGACCCGACUGACUGGAAAGUGGCCUGUUUUCGCGACGAAAUCGAGAGAGUUCUUGGCGAACGAGAUGCGCUAAGGCGUGAAUGGGCUUUUUGGCAGCAGCAGCAGGAGCUCCGCAAGCAAGUCCUGCACGGAAGCACACUCUGGGACGAUGCGUUCGAGACCGUAUGCGAGAAGGAGCCCUGCGAACGCUGUCUGGAUGCACAUCGGCAAUUCGAAAGCGAUCGACGGCAGCGAGGUAUUCGUAUGCCUUCCGUCGCCUCCCGAGCUUGUUUGACGAAAAUCCCCUUUGACCUCUUCGUGAUCGGUGAUAGUGAAUAUGAAAUGGAAGCUGCUCGAAAGAUUCAUGUCGAAUUUCCCAUGGCCCGUCUGAAAGCCAUCAAGAUGAUCGAAGAACCUAGCAUGGUGGAUAUUAUGCAUCAGCUCAGAGAACUUGCGAAAGAAUUACCAGCGUUUAUUCAGGCCCGUGGAGAUCUCCAGCUGGAGCUGGCAAAGUCAACUGGUACGUCUUUGGAUGACGUGCACACCUUAACUUGA